AUGUUUGACAUAACAAAUGCAAACGUUGGUGAAACACGAAAGAGAGAUGACACACUGAAACAACAGAGAAGAGAGAUGUUUAAAAAUGCUAUAGAACAAGUUCGCAAAGCUAACGAUGUCAUUCGUUCCAUUGACGACAAACCAAAAGAAGGUGAGAGAUGGUUAAAGAAAGAUGAAGAGAAUAGGAAGAGAAAUGUGAAGUCAGGCAAUAGACUCAUUGACUUUAACAUCGAAGCUUUAGAUGAACCAAACAAAGACUACUUACACAAACAUUUCGGUAAGGUUUUCAUGAGACUCUUAGAGAAGAUUAAAAUAAACUCCCAACAAAGAUGGAUGGUAUGUUAUAAACUUGGUGGAAAGUAUGAAUGUUCUACGUUAAACCUCAAUAAUAUUGGAACAUUACUACAUCAGCUCUUGAAGGAGAACUUUAUAUCAGAGAUAGAAGCAAAUGCCGCAGGUAUUGUUGAAAUGCACUAUGACUUUUUCUUGACAAACAUAAAGAAUCUUACUGAAAUAAAGAUGUAUGAUUUAACAGAAUAUGAAGGCUUAACGAUGUCAGAUGUAAAGAAAGGCAAACCAAAAAAGAGACCAUAUAGAGAUGAAAGCACACUGACAAAUGACCAGAAAGCCAUUUUGGAAGCUCUUAAGCAAACAGGAAACCCAGCACUUAUAGAAAGCUUUUGGAAAGAUAAUGGUGAAAAGAAGUUUUAUAAGAAGAGAAGCGGUCAGUUCUGGAAGUAUCUUUGCACAUUACCUAUAAAUCUUGAACGCUACCAAAUCUUCAAUGAACUGAACAAAAGAACUGCAACACUUAUGACAGAGGACAAUU